CAUCUAAAGCUCACAGACAUAAAAGCAUCGAUCAUAGCUAAUUUAAAAUGGGGACCUUAUCGAUUUUUUAAAAAGCAGAUGGAGUGGAUUCCGAAGAAUGGAAAUCUGGAAGGAAUUUUAGAUUCGGUUUAAUGCAAAAUUAAUAAUUGGAGAUAGAUUGGAGGCAAAAUCCAAACAUCUCAAAAAGCAGUAUAAGAUGCCGCCCAUAGCUAUGGAGCAAGAAUUGUCAUUAUCCUCUGAUUCUGAAGAAUCUGUUAUAGCAGAUCAAGAGCUUCAAGAAGCAUUUGCUAAAGGUUCAUUGAAACCAGGCUUAAAUAUUGUGUUGGAGGGACGACCAAAAGCCUUUAAUAAUGUGGAUGGAUUGAAACGGUGCUUGUCUGAAUUCCAAAGAAAUCUCUCCUGGGUCGAAAGGCUUGAUAUUACCUGUCCACUGGAAACAAAUGUCACCCGUGCAGCUUCCAAGAACACAGUUGAAAAAGAUUCUGUUGAUCCUGAAGAUGACUUUAAAAGAGAAAUGAACUUUUAUCAUCAAGCCCAAGCCUCUGUUCUGGAAGCAUUACCUCGGUUACAUCAGUUUAAAAUCCCCACAAGGCGGCCCGAUGACUAUUUUGCAGAGAUGGCAAAAUCUGAUCAGCAGAUGCAAAAAAUUCGUGAAAAGCUGAAGAGCAAAAAAGAAGCCAUGGAAAAGUCUGAAAAGGCCAAGCAACUCCGGGCCCUAAGAAAAUAUGGCAAGCAGGUUCAAAUUGACGUGUUGCAGAAGAGACAGAAGGAGAAGUCCACAAUGUUAAAUGCAGUCAAAAAAUAUCAGAAGGGUCUCUUGGACAAGCUGGAAUUCCUGGAAGGUGACAAAUCAUCCGAGCCUCAGAAGAAGGAAGGAACAGAGAGGCAGCCAAUAAAGAAAGGACCAAGUGCAAAAAGACGCUACAAGAAUCAGAAAUUUGGCUUUGGUGGCAGAAAGAAAGGGUCCAAAUGGAACACCAAGGAAAGCUACAAUGAUGUGUCCAGCUUCCGUGCUAGCAAAGCCCACAACAAGGGAAGUGGCAAAGCAGGGAAAAGGGGUGCCAAAAAGAGGCCUGGCAAAAAGAUGAGGCAGAAAAUUAAGAGCCGUUCGUGAUAAAGAUUGGAAAUGGAAUGACAUUUUGAGCCCAGCUCUGCACACAAUAUUGGCAUAUAACCAUGAACGGAUAUGGGACUUGAACUUUCCUGGUUAUGGGUGUGCUGUAGAAUGGCAAAUGUUUUUGUUUGAUUCACACACAAAUAGCAAACAGAUGCUUUUUGUUGCCUUUCAUUUCAGACUACUUUGAAAAUUCUUAAGUGAAUUAAAGUGAUGAUGGUU